UUGUAAAAACGGGCACAUACACAUGCGGUGGAUUUGACCUACUUCCAAGAUUACCUCUCCAGAAAUAAAGACAUGUUUUUCACGACUCCCACGUAGCAUUUAUAUCUGCGGACUCCAAAUCAGAUAGAAACUAGCAGUUGAAAGAAUAACUGUGGGCGUUUUCGAUCAUCUGAAGCACGCAGAGGCAGAGCCCCAUUGAGUUUUCCCUUUUCAUUUUCUUCAGAACGACACCGUUUGAGUUUCCCCGUUUCCUUUCCGGCCUCAACAUAUUACAUAUCCAAUUGCAUUUCUCCGCAUCAGUCAGCAAUGUUAAGAUUUUCGGUCUCUGAUUCUUCCGGACAGAAGGCAGUUUCUGUUUCUCCGUUUUGAAGUUGGAAUUCUCCGUCGGACAUUUCCGGUCUUUUAUUUUUAAAUUUCUUUUUUCCUGGAAAAGGGUGUUUGUGUUCCCAAAAGGAGAAUCUCACCCAACUUGUUUGGAAAACGCAUUUUUAAGUCCCAAAGGUCUCACAAGGCAAACGAGUCACUUUGGACAAAAUCUAAAAAUGGCGCUCAUUUGAAGGCUUGAAGCAUAUUGUAGCUUAAAACUGGGCUGCCCGGAUUUUCUGAUUAGCACACUUCCCUCCACAUACAUAAAACGGCCCAUCUUGAAAUGUUACCAGCAAACCCUAGCUCCAUUUUGUACUCUUCAAACCCUUCAAUCUUCUCUCUCCCCAAAUUCUCCAUCUCCACCGUACGUUGCCGUGCCGCCGACCUCCCCGCCGCCGGCCCCUCAUUUCCCCGCUGGCUCCAUUUAUUCACCACUGCCGACGCUUCCGCUGGCUUGCGGUCCAAGCAGGACCUGGAUGGGGUCGGAGUCGGAGGCGGAGUUGGAAGCACAGCGGAUGGCUCGGCUCGGAGAAGCAGUGGUAACGCCGGCAGUGGUGUUAAGGUAAAUGCGUGGGAGAAGCGUUGGUCGCGGAACAGGGAGAGCUACUUGGCCGAUGACGAUGAGGCUCUUCCACUACCGAUGACGUAUCCUGAUUCCUCCCCUGUGGCGCCGGAGGAGAUCGAUCGUCGGCUUCGUUGCGAUCCCCAAGUCGAGGAUUGUAAGGAAGUAGUUUAUGAGUGGACUGGAAAAUGUCGGAGUUGCCAAGGAACAGGAUUUGUUAGUUACUAUAAUAAAAGAGGGAAGGAGACCAUCUGCAAAUGCAUACCCUGCCUUGGAAUUGGAUAUGUGCAGAAGAUAACAAGUCGCAAUGACAUUGAAGUGAUGGAGGAUUUGGAAAAUGGAAAACCGCAUUAACCGUAACAAUAUAGAUCCUUUCUUCCUAUUCAGGAAUAUAUAAAUAAUAAUUUUAUCGAGUCUCACUACUGUUUAGUGAGAGCACUGCAAGGAUCACCUCGGCUUUAAUUUUAAUAAAUAGAAAGUUUUGUGAUUCAAUUAUAAAUGGUGUAAAGCAUCCUCCCAAAAGGAGAGUAGAGGAGGUGAGAAUCAAGGAAGUAUUUUGCAA